AUGCCUCGAGGUCAUAAAAGUAAGCAUCGUGCCAAGGAAAAACAUAAGGACCACAAAGAGAUACUCAGUGGCUUUAGUGAUCAGGCUUUUGCAGCCCCUGAAGAGGCACGCCCCACCUCUUCCUCUCCUCCUUCUGAGAGUAGUUCCCAGAGUUUGCUAGCUUCUGAGUCAUGUUCUGCAACCAUGUCUGCUCCAGCUAUUUCAUGCACAAAAGCUAAUGGAGAUGCCAGCAUCCAAAAUAUUUCAAGUUUGUGUGAUCUCCAGCUCACUACUCUAGAAAAGAAGGUGAUUGUAUUGGUGGAUUACAUGCUGUCCAAAUAUCAAAUGAAAGAACCUUUUACAAAGGCAGACAUUCUGAGAGAUGUCAUCCAGUUGUAUAAGCACCGCUACUUUGAGAUCCUCAGGAGAGCAUCUGAGUACCUGGAAUUGCUCUUUGGCCUUGACCUGAAGGAAAUGGACUCUAACAGGCACAUUUAUGUCCUGGUCAACAAAUUAGAGUUAAGCUGUGAAGGAAAGCUGAGUGAUGAAAGAGUUGUGCCCAAAACAGGUCUUUUGAUGACGGUUUUGGGUGUGAUUUUCACAAGGGGUAACCGUGCCAGUGAAGAGCAAAUUUGGGAAGUACUCAAUUCAAUGGGCUUAUAUGCUGGGAAGAAUCACUUAAUCUUUAGAGAUCCCAGGAAGCUCAUUACAAGAGAUUUUGUGAGUCAAAAGUACCUGGAGUACCAAGAGGUGCCCAACAGUGAUCCUUCUCGCUUCGAGUUCCUGUGGGGUCCCAGGUCACACGCUGAAACCACCAAGAUGAAAGUUCUGAAGUUUAUGACCAAGGUCCAUAAUACCAACCCUAGUGCCUUCCCAGCCUGGUAUGAAGAGGCUUUGAGAGAUGAAGAAGAAAGAGCAAAGGCCAGAAUUGAAGCCAAAGCUUGGAUUAGUGCCAUGGCUGAGGCACGUUCCAAGGCCUUUUCCAGCACCCUCUCUUGUCCUAAGUAA